GCCCUGCUCGGCGUCCUGCCGGCCGCGGCCGAGCGGGAGCUGCGCUUCAGGCCGCCGGCCGAGGCCCCGGUGCGGCUCUUCACCGAGCCCGAGCUGGCCAGAUACGACGGGCAGCAGGCGUUCGUGAGAAGUUUGUUGGCAUUCGUGCGUUGCUGACCUGCUAUUCAUUUGUCCUCCUGGCAGCUGCGGAGUUUGGUCCGUUGAAGUUGGGUACAGACAAUUAGAUGGCACGAUCCUCUUUUACUCAUUGCCUGCUUGACGAUGUACUCAUGCCAGUGAAUUUCAUAUUACCACAAGUUAGAGCCAAAGAAGGACAGCCCAUUUACCUGGCGGUGAAGGGAGUAGUAUUUGAUGUCACUUCUGGAAAAGAAUUUUAUGGAAAAGGAGCCCCAUACAAUGCUUUGGUUGGAAAAGACUCAACAAGAGGAGUUGCAAAGAUGUCUCUGGAUCCAGCAGAUCUUACACAUGACAUAACAGGACUCACAGAAGAGGAACUGAAGUCUCUGGAUGAUAUCUUCAAUAAUGUUUAUAAGGCCAAAUAUCCAAUUGUUGGCUAUACUUCUCGCCGAAUUCUGAAUGAGGAUGGCAGCCCCAAUCUAGACUUUAAACCUGAAGAUCAGCCACAUUUCAACAUUAAAGAUGAGUUUUGAGGAAUAUUUUUGUACCUAGAGAAUGCCUGGGGAGAGGCAUAAUAGAAUAUCAUAUUGAUUCCCUGUUUUCUGGAGUUCAUUACAACAAUUAGCUAUCAUGAGUCAGUUUUCUGUUUAGAAAAUAUAUAUGUCUGUACACAUACAGUUUAGAGGAAACAAAUGGAUCUAUAUUAGUGUCAUACACUUGGGCUGUUUGUUCUGAACUAUGGGAAUUAUUUCACAUGAAAGUUCUUUCUGCCUGGAUUUCUCUGUGUACAAGUGUGUAAUGUAAAAUUACAUUCCUUAGAAAAGAUAAGGCAGUUUUUAAUAGUUGAAACAUGACUGGUCUUUUUGUAAAUCCCAAGUUGUUUCCUACUCCUUGGAAAAGUGUGAAUGCAUUAUCUGGACGAGCUAACAUCAGUUCUCUGUGCUUCACAUGAGUGUUGGUAUCACAUGUACAAACAGGUGUAAUAGAGGCUUACAUUUUAAAAAGCAUUAUAGGAUUUAAUAUUUGAUAGGUUUGAGAAUACUGGAUAUAAAACCACUCAAUCUCUUCAAAUGCAGUUACUGUGGAAUAUUUAUGCAAAGCCUACAGCUGUAAACCAAGAAAAAGAAUUAUUUUUUCCCCCAUGAGAACUACUGUGGCAUUUUAAGUAAGACUAUUAUUAUGUUAGUUUUGAAUAAAUGACACUUUAAUUUUUUUUAAAUAAUUAUCAAAGAUUUCAUCUAUAUUAGAUUAUGAUAAUUUCCUUCUAGCUUCCUCCACUCCUUCUCUGAUAAAAAAAGGAAAUGAUAGCCCACUGUUUACCACAAACUCUUACAGCACAAGUUUAUUAUAGUAGUUUAGUAUCCUGUGGAUAUUGUUAGCAUCUUUAUAUUGACAAUUUCAGCUCUCAUUUUUAAUUUCUCUUAGUUUUUCUUUGUUCUUACUCUGGCUUCAUCAUUGCUGCUGCAAUGAAGUGUGCAUUCACACGUUCCUCUUCCUUUUAACCUAAUACAAAACUGCAGAUCCUGUACGGUGAAAGCAGACCCCCUUUAUCAGGUUUCUCUGGCAGUCUUUCAGCAACAAGAGGACUGUAAAAGCAUAUGCUAUAUAAAUUGCUGCUAACCACUGACUUUCACUAACUUGAGUAGAAUGUAAGUUGUCAUGUAUGUGAAUUUAUCUGCCAGUGUGACAGGUUGAACUGACAUGGAAAAACUGAGCAGCUCCUCCCAAUUCUAUAUUAAUAAUAUAGAUGUAAUAAAAAUACAAUUCUAUAUUUCGUUCUCUUUCUUUAGCAUUUUGGCCAUUUUCUUUGAACGAAAGAUUUUUUUAGAUGACUCUCCACUUUAUGGUGUGCAGGAGACAGCUGCCUGUCAGUUGAAUAACUAGAAAAGCUGUUUCUAUUUAUUUCUCAUUUCUUUUCCAAUGUUACAGAUUUUACUCUAAGCUUGUUUUGUGUCUUACUAUUAGACCACUUAAUUUGCAGGAGGGACUCCAUGGCGCUCCCCCGCCCCUGCUGUUGGAUGGUGCUCUGUGGUGUAAUAAAUAAUUUAGCAUCUAAGAAUAUACUAUUGCUUCAGAGAACUAUUUCUGUUUUAUUAUUAUUAUUACUGCUGACCUUUUGAUUAGAUACCAACACCAGCUAGGAGUUGGCCCCUUGAUAAUGCCUGCCUACAGGUAUGGGUGUAUACCUGCCAUCUUUAUAGGAACGCAUGUGGGUUUAGUGGUAAUGGUGGUUGUUCUUUUGCCAGCAUUUCACAAAUAGUUUUCCAGUGUCUACUGUUUUCUCCCCUUCUCUUACCUUUGUUGCACGCUUCCUUAUGGGGCAGCUUCAGUAGCUGUGCUACGGUGAUUACUGUAACAAUCUUGGCUUCAUCUGCGAUCAGCAUAUCCAGCUGCGUGUCAAAAAUGUUGUAGCUAGGUGGUAAACUCAUCACCACUGAGUGGCUUAGUGUUACUAUUCUCUCCCUGCUUUUCCUGUUCAUGCUAUGAAGGUCACCUUUGCUGAUCUUGAAGUGGGUAACUCAGCUUCUAUUUGUUUCAGGUUCAUUUCAGUGAAGAAACCCUCCUGCUGCAACAGGAAACAGGGGUGAUAUAAACCCCACUCUUGUACUGUGAGAUCCUUGCAAAUCCAACUCGCCCUCACUCAUAUAUCUGUGAACGGAGGGAGAUGCUCUAGUCCUUCCUUUCUGUUAUUAAAGACAGGAUUAUCACAACUGAGGGCAUUUUAGAAUGCAGAACAUUUCCUUUUUAUUUCAGUUUGCGAACUGAAGGACUCACAGGUAAUCAUGUGAUAGCCUUCCUAGGCUAUUUCACUUGAGGUUCCCACUCAACAGAACAGUGUUAUGAUAAUAAGGCUUUAAGUGGGCAUAUAUCCUUAACAUGUUUUCACUGACUACUUUUCAAAAAUUAAUUCAGAGUAACACAGUAUUUCUUUUGGUGUUAAUUUAAUGACACUAUUUUAUGUCUAAGGUUGUUACUUGCCAACAGCCUGAAACUUACUGUGCUUAAAAGCAAACCGUCUGCUAUGGUGGUUUUGUUCAGUAAGUUGCAUUUCCCAGACCUCUGUGUUACUCCAGGAUGACAGGUGUCCUCACCAGCUAUACAUUGUACUUAAAACAAGCAAAUUGUAUGCUAUCCUUGUUUUUUCAGUCAGCUGCAUUUCCCUGACCUCUGUAUUAUUGCAGUAAAACAGGUACCCUCACUAUCUGUAAAUGGCACUCAAAACAAGCAAGUUGCGUAAAGCCCUGUUGUAUCCUCCUACUACUCCACACCUCCUUUGGAGAGUGAAGAAUUUCUUUUCAAUUUACUUGCUGCUUCCAGAUAACAUUGCAAAUGUCAUUAUUUUUGCUCUGCUGUUUGUAAAUCUGCAUCUUGCUAACUUAGCUUGGGUGUUUGAAUGGUCUGAGGUUUUAAUGAAUUGCUGCACCAAGAAUUUACUCUUCAGAAUGUUAAGAAUUAUCAGAUGGGUUCAUCACUUACAGGAUGCAUAACCUGAGUUGCUGUUUCCCACCUGGCACUGUUUUCAAUAGUCCCUCACUUUGAUCCUAAUACAUUUGACUAACUGCUGUGACAGGAUAGAUUCUAUCAUCUGUACUUUAAGAAUGACUUCUCUGAUUAACAACGGGAGCAACAGGACUAAUAAUAUAAGCAACAAAAAUUCAAUAAAGGGCAUGCAAUGAAAUGCAAA